GGCUCGUCUCAAACUCCCGACCUCAGAUGAUCCGCCUGCCUCAGCCUCCCAAAGUGCUGGGAUUACAGGCAUGAGCCACCGCACCUGGCCUUCCCUCUUAUCUUGAUAGGAAUGGUGAAGACCCAGAGACCGGGCUCCAUCCCUAAUUGUGCUGUUCUUUUUGGGAUAGAAAAAUCUGUCCUCCCUCACCAACAAUCCGGGAUAGCCAAAAUAGCAUGUCCUCAUGAUAUUGCCUAUACCUGUCCUGCAGAUCGUGAGUUUCUCUUUCUCGAAGGCCCACAUCAUGCUUACUGGCUCCCUUCUUCUUAGCUGCCUCAGAGACUUUCUGAUAACCCACUUCACCUACUUCCAGAGCCCUCUGGUCCCAGGAAUAUGCGAUUACUUAAAAGCCCCACAGUCAGUAUAUUACACGCCAUGCUCCCCUGUUUUCAUUUGCCAUCCUCUCUUUCUGAAUCCAUGCAGCCAGCUCACAUCUAUAGAGGGGUAACCUGUGUCCCACUUAUCACUCUGUUUUUUCCCAUAAAUCAUGCAGCUUCUUUCCAGCUCCUGUGCCCCCAAGCUGCCAUUACUGCCCUGGACCACAAGCUGGGGGGCAUUAUGCUCCCCCUUUGCUAAUGCAUGGUUCUGUCGGACCAGACCCUGCUGUGCCAAUUCUGUGGAGCAGGUUCACGGGUUACCAAUGUACAUGAGUUCAGUAGAAGAGUACACUCAAUACACGACUAAUUACAUAAAGCAGAUUUAUUGCUUACAAGUAGGCAGCAAGGGAGAACAAAAGCCUGCAGUUCCCUGUGAGCCAGUCCCCCAAGGCUCAAGAAAGCUGCCUGGAGUGGGUAGAGUCUGAAUUGCAAGCGCCCCAUUUGCAGCUCAGCUGAGGCACCCCAAGAGGCAACGUGUACUGGAUUAUGUGCCUCAGGGGCAAUAUAGCUUACUGGGAAGCUCCUCCCUCACUUGAGAUGUUAUCUUCCCUAGGAAGGACACGUACAUUGCAUUUGUAGCACAUUCUAUGGUUAUUAUUGAGAGCUAUGAGCAACCAAGGUGGGCAGAGUCAAUCUAAGGUAAUACUGAAAAUUGCCCAGUUACCUAAAACUUGUUUGUUGGGCAAAUAGUAAAGAAAUGUGAACACAUCCGGGGUUAAAAUAUGAGAGAGAACAAUGAGUGUUAUCAAACCAGGUUGGGACUGAAUUACUAAAUGUUGCUGGAGCAAUAGGCAAGAUUCAUUGAAACUUUUAUAUAUAUAUAUAUAUAUAUGAAGCCCAGGAUGCAGCAUUUAGAGUUUUAGAGGGUUACUUAUAAGUAGACUCAAUGAGCGCACAAAGUAAAAAUAUAGGACCUCAUUUUCUUUCUAUUCUUUUUUGUCUGUGUGUUUUUGAGACAGAGUUUCGCUCUUGUUGUCCAGGCUGGAGUGCAGUGGUACAAUCUUGGCUCACUGCACCCUCUGCCUCCCAGUUUCAAGUGAUUCUCCUGCCUCAGCCUCAUUUUCAUCAUUGCAUUUCUGGUGGAGCUCAGCAAAAUCAGUCAUUGUCAGGACACAAACAGAAUAAGUCGUAAAUCUGAGGCAGUGACCUUCAAGGACGUGGCUGUGGUCUUCACUGAGGAGGAGCUGGGGCUGCUGGACCCUGCCCAGAGGAAGCUGUAUCGAGAUGUGAUGCUGGAGAACUUCAGGAACCUGCUCUCAGUGGGUCAUCAACCAUUCCAUGGAGAUACUUUCCACUUCCUAAGGGAAGAAAAGUUUUGGGUGAUGGAGACAACAAGCCAAAGAGAAGGGACUUCUGGCACAAUUCUGCUUUCCCUUGAACUGCAUCAUUCAGGACUCUGCAAAUUCCCUAAAGUAGGAGGAAAAAUGACCACGUCCAAGGAGGCAGUGACCUUCAAGGAUGUGGUGGUGGUCUUCACUGAGGAGGAGCUGGGGCUGCUGGACCUUGCCCAGAGGAAGCUGUAUCGAGAUGUGAUGCUGGAGAACUUCAGGAACCUGCUGUCAGUGGGGCAUCAACCAUUCCACCGAGAUACUUUCCACUUUCUAAAGGAGGAAAAGUUUUGGAUGAUGGAUAUAGCAACCCAAAGAGAAGGGAAUUCAGGAGGCAAGAUCCAACCUGAGAUGAAGACUGUUCCAGAAGCAGGACCACAUGAAGGGUUGUCCUGCCAGCAGAUCUGGGAAGAAAUUGCAAGUGAUUUAACCAGGCCUCAAGACUCUACCAUAAAUAGCUCUCAGUUCUUUGAACAGGGUGAUGCCCACUCCCAGGUUGAGGAAGGACUAUCUAUAAUGCAUACAGGACAGAAACCUUCCAAUUGUGGGAAGUGUAAACAAUCCUUCAGUGACGUUUCCAUCUUUGAUCUUCCUCAGCAAAUACACUCAGCAGAGAAGUCUCAUUCCCGUGAUGAGUGUGGAAAAAGCUUCUGUUACAUCUCAGCACUUCAUAUUCAUCAGAGAGUCCACCUGGGAGAGAAACUCUUUAAGUGUGACGUGUGUGGUAAGGAAUUCAGUCAGAGUUUACAUCUGCAAACUCAUCAGAGAGUCCACACUGGAGAGAAACCUUUCAAAUGUGAACAAUGUGGGAGAGGCUUCAGAUGUAGAUCAGCACUUACAGUUCAUUGCAAAUUACACAUGGGAGAGAAACAUUAUAAUUGUGAGGCAUGUGGGAGGGCUUUCAUUCAUGAUUUCCAGCUUCAGAAACAUCAGAGAAUUCACACAGGGGAGAAGCCAUUCAAAUGUGAGAUAUGUAGUAUGAGCUUCCGUCUUAGGUCAAGUCUUAAUAGGCAUUGUGUGGUCCACACAGGAAAGAAACCAAACAACACUGGGGAAUAUGGAAAAGGCUUCAUCGGUAGGCUGGAUUUGUGUAAGCAUCAGACGAUCCACACAGGAGAGAAACCAUAUAAUUGUAAAGAAUGUGGGAAGAGCUUCAGACGGUCCUCAUAUCUUUUGAUCCAUCAGCGAGUCCACACUGGAGAAAAGCCAUACAAAUGUGACAAGUGUGGGAAGAGCUACAUUACUAAGUCAGGUCUUGACUUGCACCAUAGAGCCCACACAGGAGAGAGACCUUAUAACUGUGAUGACUGUGGGAAGAGCUUUAGACAGGCCUCAAGUAUUUUGAAUCAUAAGAGACUCCACUGCCGGAAAAAACCAUUCAAAUGUGAGGACUGUGGAAAGAAGCUUGUACACCGGUCAUACCGUAAAGACCAACCAAGAGACCACAGUGGAGAAAAUCCAUCCAAAUGUGAGGACUGUGGGAAGCGCUACAAGAGGCGCUUGAAUCUUGAUAUAAUUUUAUCAUUAUUUUUAAAUGACACGUAAGUGUUGCACAUAUUUAAGGGGGAAAAUUUGAUAUUUAAAUAUACAUAUAUGAUGUAUAAUGAUCAAAUCAGUGUAAUUAGCAUAUUUAUCACCUCAAACAAUGAUCUCUUCUUUGUGUUGGGAAAAUUAAAAAUUCAUUGUUCUAGCAAU